GGGUGUCUGCAAAUCCAAAAUGGCGAACAAGCGCAUGGUUUACGUUGGUGGUUUGGCAGAAGAAGUUGACGAGAAAGUCCUUCACGCUGCCUUUAUUCCUUUCGGAGACAUUACAGAUGUCCAAAUACCGAUGGAUUACUCAAGUCAGAAGCAUCGAGGAUUCGGAUUUGUGGAAUUUGAGCUCGCAGAAGACGCUGCAGCUGCUAUUGAUAACAUGAACGAGUCUGAACUCUUUGGGCGAACGAUUCGUGUGAACAUCGCCAAACCAAUGAAGAUCAAGGAAGGUUACAGUCGUGCUGUGUGGAGUGAAGAUAGCUGGUUAAACAAACACGCGGGGCAGACUUUAGAAGAUGCCGAAAUGAAAAGUUCGGAGGACAAAACUGAGGAAUCUGCUGAAGAAGGAAAUGCAAAGCUGAAAAAGGGAAAUCCUCGAGUAUUCAUGGAUGUAACUAUCGGGGGACGCCAGGCAGGAAGAGUUACCAUUGAACUAAGACAUGACGUUGUUCCCAUGACUGUUGAAAACUUUCGUGCCCUCUGUACUCACGAAAAGGGGUUUGGAUAUAGAGGCAGUACCUUCCAUCGAGUAAUCCCUCAGUUUAUGUUGCAAGGAGGAGAUUUCACAAAGCACGAUGGUACGGGAGGAAAGUCGAUUUAUGGUCAGAAAUUUGCAGACGAGAACUUUGUCCUGAAGCAUACUGGUGCUGGUGUGCUAUCAAUGGCUAAUUCUGGGACCAAUACCAAUGGUUCUCAGUUUUUUAUUACCACUGAGAAAACUGACUGGUUAGAUGGAAAACAUGUUGUGUUUGGCCAUGUGAUUGACGGAAUGGAUGUUGUCAGAAAAGUAGAAGCAACAGGAUCAAAAAGUGGUAAAACAAGCAAAAAGAUCAUGAUUGAAGACUGUGGCGAGUUAUAACAGUCCUUGUUUAGAACUAAUGAAUAGUUAUCUAUUUUGCUCUACCGGAGUGUCUGCCCACAAGUUUUUCUCAGCAUGGGAUAAGCACUAAACAUUGGCAGACCUGAUAGCAAGACUGUUGUAUCUUGGUUUUACACAACCAAGGGUUUCAGUAUAAGCCGGUUGUGCCGCCUCUGACACUUCUAAGUGCCAUCUGUUUAGCUUGCUAGCAGGCUCUAGUGUUUGGGUUUCAUUUUUUGGUGCCCUGCCAGGCCAUAGCCACCAAUUAUACCAGCGACACCCACUUAGGGAAAUAUGUAUUGAAACCUCCACACUUCAGUUGUGAAUUUUCACUUUUUUUUUUGCUUCAAAAAUCAUAACUACAAAACAGUUGUGAAUAAUACUCAAGUUGAGUGUCAGAAAAGGUUGACCAAUAAAGGCAUUUGUUGGCUGUAGAAUAAAUGAGAAAUUCUUUACAGCUGCAAGCCUACUUGUAUUCCAGACUUGAUGCAUGGUAAGGCUGAUUGUGUAUCAGACUCCAAUGUUCUAUCCAUAUUUGUUUUAAAUUUUUUACUGCCUAAUGGUGACAAAAGGCAAUAAACUUUUGUGACCUUUUUGCUUUU